AUGAAAAAUGUGUUAGUUCAGAGUGAACAUGAUGCAGGUAGCCUACAUCAAACAGGUAGCCUGCAUCAAACAGGUAGCCUGCAUCAAACAGGUAGCCUGCAUCAAACAGGUGGCCUGCAUCAAACAGGUAGCCUGCAUCAAACAGGUAGCCUGCAUAAAAUGUCUGGACGGCCAUGUACGGCUUCAGCAAAAGGUGCAGCCUGUGGGAAUUGUGAAGCUUGUUUACUAGUACAGAAAUUAAUACGUUUUAAAGAAUGGUUUUUCCAUUUUGGAGAUACCUCAAAGAAACAGUUCAUGCUAGGGUUGUUUAGACAAAUCAAAAGUACAGCUACUCUACAAAAUAUAGUUGCGUUACUAAAUCCCAUUUUAACUAAAGAUUGCAUUUAUGCCAGAGCUAGGACAAACCCCAGUUUAGAUACAGAUACUGCCACACUUGGUUCAGAUCAUGCUGUUAAUGCAAACAUGAUUGGGCAGUUUAUCAUGGCUAUGUGGAGGUGGUUUUCAUGUGCAAAUUCCUGGACUCAGUUAAACUUCACACUCAGCUGUCUGCAAAUGUGUGAGGCUCACUUACUGCACACUUUGUAUAAUCAAGCACAUACACUGUUGGCUUCACAGCUCCGAUCUGCACAAACACUCUCAGGAGAAAACAAAGAUGAAGCUCCAUCUGCUGAAUCAAGUGAGUGUUUACAAGAACCAGGAAAAUAUCCUGAUCUGGAUUUUCAAUUCAUAUUUCAGUCAGAAUCUAGUCCAGUAGUAAAUAACCACUUUACUACAGAUUUUCUUUCUGAAGAAAGCAAGAAUACAGUACUGUCAGACUCAUUCAGUGAUUCUUCAAGUGGUAGUUUGGUUCCUCUUUUGCUGGAGAUGUCUUCGUCAGCAGGGACUGCUGCAAGUUUUUCAGAGCAUAAAGAUUUUAUCCGCUACCUCCCAGUGCACUUGUCAAAGAUGAUCCUGGGCAUGUUGGACACAGUAUCGCUCUACAAUGCAUUAUGUGUGAGUCCCCACUGGUGCCGGUUAGCAGAGGAAGUGAGACUGGAGGCUGUUGUCAACCAGCAAAUUCAGGAAGAAGUUAUGUUGAUGCAGGGUUCUGCAGCACAUGGGGCCAAUCCUAUUUAUGCCAAAGAUGUCGACGUGUUGGUGCCAAACUUGGACCUAACCACUCAGGAACUUGUGUACACAGAUGAAGAAAUCAUUAAUCCAAUUUUUAAGAGUGAACACAAUUUUCAGACAGCAUACAGUGGAAUCAGCACCAAGAAGGUCAUUAUGGAGGAAAGAAACAUCUACUGUGGUGCCUACAAUGUCAUGGUGCUCAGUGACAUCAAAGAUAGCUACAGAGUGGUGCAUGCAGAUGGCAGCAGCUGGGUAGCUGUAGGGUCAAAGGACAGGAAAGUUCGAUUCAUUGACUCCGACACCGGUAAGGAGACAGGACCAUUGAUAACUGGUCAUGCAGGCUCCGUCACCUGCUGCUGCCUACUGUAUGACAGAAGCCUAGUUCUCAGCGGCAGUUAUGACACCAGUAUCAGAUGUUGGUCCAUCCGCACAGGAAAAUGCUUGAAGAUUCUCAGAGGCCACCAAAACACAGUCAAUUGUAUUACAGUGCUGGGCGACAUAGUUGCCUCCGGAUCAAUGGACAACAGCUGCAAGAUCUGGAGCCUAGAGACAGGAAAAUGCCAACAUACUUUCAGACAUCAGUCAUCAGUACUGAGUGUUGCACUGUCUGAAGACAUCUGCAUCUCGGGCACUGACACAGGAAAAGUCAAAGUAUGGCAGCUGGCGUCUGGUGAUUUAAUCAAAAUUUUAAAAGGUCAUCAUUCUUCUGUGACAAGCAUAAAAUUUGAUCGGUGGCAUAUCAUCACUGGAGGUAAAGAUGCCUAUGCUUUGGUCUGGAGCACUGUUGGUCAACAUUCUCGAUGCCUGAGAGCACUGAGACACCCAAAAGAAGUUCUUUGUUUAGAAUUUGCAUAUCUAAGAGUGAUCACAGGCUCGGCAGAUGGUCGAAUUAGAAUAUGGAACAUACUAACUGGCCAGUGCUGUCGUAUGAUGCGAGGAAACAGUCAAAGUGAUCCAGUACUGUCAAUUAAUGCAAAUGGAGAUAGAAUCACAGUGAAUACGUUGAGCAGUGUUCUAGUGAUGAACUUUGAGAAGGUGAAUUGGAACUACACCAUGGAGACUGACAACAUUGCACCUCUCACUAGCUGUGGAUCCUACAGCAAAUUUCCCUUGAGAACUCAGCCACAUUCCUAUGUGCGAGCACAACGAACGCACAAAGCUGGGGCUGCUAACAGUAAACUCAUUCACCACAGUUCUCAGUAUCAUGAACAUAAGGAAGGACAUAACCACGUACAACACCAGACCAAAGAUGAUAUGAUUUGUCACAGUGCAAAGAGUCUAAGUAGCAGGGGUCAUCAUGGAAAACUAGCACAAAGUAGCUGGAAAUCUGUGGAGACAUCGUCAACUUCAGCAGAUACAGCGUUCAGUACACUUUACGGCCAAGAAAGGUAUAAUCUUCUAGAUAUGAAAGAUCUCCAUUCUCAAUUUUUGCAUUCAAAAGGAAAGGCAAAAUCUAGAACAAAGUCUGCAAGAUCUCAAGCUCAUACUACAGUAACAACAAUACAGUCUUAUGAUGAUAAUGAGGACAAUGGCAAAACUAGAGAGAAUAUUCAUAUAAACAGGAGGAUAUCCUGGGCAUUUGAACAGCCGUUAAUUUCAACAGAUACCGACAUAUCUUUGUCUGACAUGAAAACAUUGCUCAGAUCACAGAUACGAAUGAAAGCACAAAGUAUUAUUCCUCCAGAUUUCAUAUACCUCACUGUUAGCACAAUGCAGAACUCUGGCAUCAAGUCAGCAUCUGGAUCCAAUACAAAAGUGAGGAGAUGUGACUGGGAAACAGGUUCUUCUGCUAAUAACAAACGCCCUAUGUCCUCACCGAGCUGUAUUGAUCUUAAGACAAAAGUCCCAGUGGACAAAAUUCAAAUGGAGAUAUUACAUCUUGAGAACCAGACUUCGGGUCCCAGCCCAGCUCCACCAGUCAACUUAAAAGACAUGCCUAAGUCUCCGCCUGCAGUGAGUAAAGACAGCUUCACCACAACUCUUACAGCCUACCCUGUGUGUACACCCCUGCAAGCAAGCAUCCAUCCUACAGUAGUGAAAACAACAAUUCCUCAAGGAUACAUCAUUCGUCCAGUAUCUGCAGUACCAAAAGCAUAUAAACAUCAAGAGCUCAUCUCCCAGUCAUCCCUACCACCAAGGCCACUAACGACUCCGCUAAAGUCAUCAAGCUCAAGGAACAUUCAGGCUGUCCCUGCCAAUGUUGCUGCAGUACUUCCCGGUGCCUUUUACUGCACACAGAGAUCCCAAUCCAAUUUAUCAUCAGCUGGUGAGGAAUACACUGAUGUGCCUCUGUUUACGAGCACAAAGGAAAUCAAAAAUAAAAUAGCCGAAAUAAAGUUAAAAAGGAAGAAUGAGCAGUUAUCUUUGGAAAGAAAUUCUGAAGGACAACCACUGGGGGAGGUUAGUGCAUUCAAUCAUCCUCUGAGGCUGCAUGCCAAAUUUCAACUGUACACUCACCAGGAGGAAGCAAACAUCUUGAAGCAGACACAGCUGUUGUAUGCCGAGAGAAAAAGGAAGGAGAAUGAAGAUCAAAUGAAGAAAAAAAAAGCAGCCUGGCUUGCCCUAGCAACAGGAAAGCAAUGA